GCACUAUUGCCCCGCAACGUCAGACAUUCGCUGGACAACGACGGCAACCUCCGCAUCCGAGACUUCAUGGGCUCGGUGGACGCCGGAGACUACACCUGUGUGGUCAAGAGCAGGGACCAAGAAGUUCGGGCUACGACGCAGCUCGUCCUUGUUGUGCCUCCGGUCAUCGACGACCACUUCUUCCCCGAGACCAUCACGGUAGACGAAGGGUCCCGGUCUCGGCUGCUGUGUUCUGUGUCCAAGGGCGACGGACCCCUGCGGUUCCAGUGGUUCAAGGACGGGCAGCUGCUGAGCAGCGUGCCGGACGGCUCGGUGCAGUACUCGGACGACUCGGCCAUGAUCAAGUUCCGCAAGGUCCGCUUCAGGGACCGCGGCAAGUACACGUGCUUCGCCACCAACGACGCCGCCGGAGACAACCGGACCACAGACGUUGUUGUCAACGUGAGUCCCCGGAUUAAGGUGGCUCCCCAGAACAGCACCACCAGCGUCGGGGGGCAGGUGAUGCUUGACUGUGUUGCGGAGGGAUUCCCCACCCCCGUCGUCACUUGGCAAAAAUUUGGGGAGGAAAGCGGAAGUGGCGGAAGUGGCUUCGAGGACCUCCGGCUCAACUUCCGGUCCUACGUGCUUCCGAACGGAAGCCUGUGGAUCGGCGACGCGGAAGAAUUUGACGAGGGCCUCUUGCGAUGCCGCGCCCACAACGACAUCGGCGCCCCUGUCAGCAGAGAGGUGUCGCUUCAUGUGCGAGAGCCUCCCCAGUUUAAGGAACGGUUCAAGGUGCUCUACGUGCGGCGCGGGGAGACCUUCCAGGCGCAUUGCUCCACGUCGUCCGGAGACGCUCCGAUCGCUUUCACCUGGGAGAAGAACUACCGACCCCUGAACUGCUCCAGGUGCGUGACGAGGAAUAACAGCGACGGCUCCGACUUGACGCUUCUGGGCACCAUUCGUAGCGAUAGCGCGGUGUACGCUUGCAUCGCUCGGAAUGGCGUCGGAGAAGAUGUGACCUUCCUACAAGUCGUUGUCCAAGAGUCACCCGAUGCCCCCUGGGGACUGAUGCUGACCAAUCACAGCAGCCGAACGGCGUCCCUUCUCUGGCACGCGCCGUACGACGGCAACAGCGACAUUCUUAAAUACAAAGUGCAGUACAAACUUGAACAGGAGUUGCUGAGCGGUUUCGGAAGAGAGAUCGUCGUGCCUGCCGGUGAAACCACCGCUACCCUGACGAACCUGCACCCGGUGUCCACAUACGAGAUCCGAGUUGUGGCCGAGAACGCCUUUGGCGCCAGUGCACCAAGCAACGUCACCGUCGUCACCACAAAAGAAGAAGCACCCUCAGGACCUCCAGUCUCAGUCAGCCUGUACACCACAGGCUCGCAGUCUCUGAAGGUCACGUGGAGGCCUCCAUCGCGUGAUCAGCACCACGGUGUCAUACUGGGGUACCACGUGGGAUAUCGCGUGGCGGACGGGGCUGAGCCUGGCGCUCCGUCCGUAAAGCAGGUGGACUCCCGGGGCGCUAACUCUAGCCACGGCCUGGAGACCACAUACCUCACCAACCUCAGGAGACUUACCAAGUACGCCGUCACGGUGCAGGCGUACAACGGUGCCGGCAGGGGGCCUAGCUCCGAAGAGGUCUACGCAACCACCCUUGAGACAGCGCCUCCAACGUCCCCUUCAGUUCAAGUUGAACCUCACUCUACCACGUCCAUCCUCGUCCAGUGGAAGAAGGAUCCGAAAGACAGGUCGGAAAACACAGAGUACGUGCUUCACUACGGCGGUGAUGACGGUGACUGGAAGAGCCACCAGCUGGCAGCACACGAGAGGCAGUUCUUGUUGCAGAACCUACGGUGCGGCUCCCAGUACCGAUUGUACGUGACUGCUUCAAACAGUCUCGGCAUGGGCGAGCCGGGUGAAGAGGCCGUUGUGCGGACCAGGGGAUCCCCGCCCGUUGCCCCGAGUAAAGAAGGCCUGAUCGUGGCCAACAAGACGAGUGCGCUGCUCCGACUCGGCCGCUGGGGCGACGGCGGCUGCCCCGUCGACCGCUUCGUGCUCCAGUACCGCCAGAAGCUGGAGCCGGCCUGGGCUGCCGUGGCACAGACCGUGGCGCCUCCACCCCAGGGAGAACACCUGCUCACGGGACUCGCACCGGGCAAGGUGUACGAGUUGAGCGUGGUGGCUCACAACGAUGCCGGGGCAACGAGGGCAGAGUACGACUUCGUCACCCUCUCUCCAAAAGCGACGAAGACGAAAACCGAGCCAAUGUCCGGCAGUUCCGGCGGCUUCCGGUUCCCGCUCCAGGAGAACCUGGUGUUCAUCGUCCCUGCGCUGCUCUCGGCCUUGGUAGUGCUCCUCGUCCUGGUGUUCCUCUACUUUUACUGGAGGAAGCAGGCACCCGUUGCCGACACCGCCUCCGAAAAAGAGCUUCCCGGGAGAAAAGUGUACGCCGAGGAGUCGUUCAUUAUUUCCGAACUGCCCCGGAAAGCAGAACGGAGCUCUCAAGACCCCCAGGGCGUCGGGGGAAGCAUCUUCGACCCGAGGGCUAAACGGAACUACCACAUCUACACCACCAACCAGAGCGUGCUUUAAGACCAGCGAGAUUGUGCCUGGGAUCUUCAGACCUCUGCGACUCUGAGAGAGUGCCUCGUGAUGUGACUCAUACCCUGCGUCAUCACAGAGUGACUUGGCGCUCUCCAGACCGGGCGGCAGAACCGUCCAAAUGGAAGUUGGGCUGUGCGGGACGUCGUCCAAGACAGUGUACACGUCGUCGAGUUUGUGUGCCCGUGAGCAACGGCGAGAAGACGUGCAAGCCAUUCCGAACUUCCGGCGGUUGAUGCCGGCCAAAAAUGAUCUUUGAGCUCUUUCUAUGCGACCGUGUUUAUUAUCGUGAUUUCUGUCUCACCUGCUUCCCCGAAACAAAAAUAAAAAAAAAAAUAUGGACGAAACGUUACGCAACUGCCGCCGUCUUAAAUAAAAACAUAAAUGAUCAA